UUGCCAGUUUCAUCCAGACAUGAAGGGGGUUGAUGGUUAUGAACGAGGCCACUGAUAUUGCCUUCUAUUCGGUUGACUCUCAGCUCCGGGCGCACCUGCACAGGAGAAUGGAGAUACUGGAAAACUCAAUUGGACAAAGAGAAGAAGAGGAAGAUUUGAGAGGAUUACUGACUACCUUCUUUGCUCCUCUCACCACAUCCUUUAACGUGCUCACUUCAAUGAAGAAACCCCUCUUCUCUAUUACUGCUGACGAUAACUUUUUAAUAGUUUUUAAAAAAUUUGGUGAACAUGUCUUUGUGGCUGUCAAUGGCGACGGUUCUGAGUCUGAAGACUUUCUUGUCCGUAAACUUCAUGUUUUCAACAGAAUCAUUGGACUGUUGUAUGGACCAGUGUUGGGAAGAAUGAAUUCUCCUAACCUCCAGCAACGUGCUAUGGAGUGGAAGAUGUUGGACAGUUUAUUGAAAAGCUACGAGAUACUUUAUAGCGAAGAACAGGCUUUUCUAAUGGAGGCAGUGGAACACAUUGUAUUUGGACAGUUAAAUGCAGCACAAGACGUGUGUAUUUCAUUGGCUGAAGAUUGUUUGAACUCAUCACUCAAUGGUGGUAUACCCAAUAUGAAGCAUGUAUUGCUACUGGUUGGUUCUAAAGUCCUUGCAAUAUGUGGGAGGUCACCUCAACUGCCAACUGCUGAUCUGUUGCUAUUGAUACUAAUGACAACCAACUUGUAUCAACACGACCCAUUCUUACAAGUAACUGCAGAGAAAGAGGAAGAGAAUCAUCAGCAACAAACUCCAGAGGAACGAGGUACACCCUAUCAGACUCCAACCACUUCACCAAACAUUGAGCAACCACCAACAGCUGCUAGUCUACCUACAGGGGCUAUACCGAUACCAGAGGGAGGGGAGGGAGGGAAGAGGAGCAGAGUUGGUAGAGACGACUUUCCACCUUAUAAAACACCAGAUGAUGAUAUACCAGGUAUCCAUUCCCUAGCAGCUCAUCCAAGUAAAGGAUUUGGUGGUAAACUAAAACAAGCUUUUCUUGGAGGAAAGAAAGGACAUCUUGACGACGGGUUGGAUCCAGCUGUUUUUGAAGCAGCAGAAUUUCAAAGAUGCAUGGAGAAGUUCUAUGAGAAGAAGGUAUUUUUACAAUUGAACCAGUCACACUACACUCCACACAUGAUCCACUGUAUGGAGAUAUUCCCACAGAUUGUAAUAGUACUAAUAUCAGAGUCUCCUUCCAGUGGCUUGGCAGCUACAAUAUGUCAGGGUCUGUCUCAUUUAAAGAAUAUCCUGGCAAUCAUUAAUGGCAUCAAAAACUCAAGCACUAGCAGCAAAAACAUGUAUGACACUUUAGAAGACACAAUGAAGAAGAUUAUUGAAGGCUCCAAAUCAGAAUCAAAAGCCCUUGGCAGUGAACAGUUGAAACAGUUUACAAUGAGAAUAGUGAAGACAUGGGCCCAAUGCAAGGAGCUACAGAUACAGCAAAGCAUAGACAGACAGCAAAAGGAAGAGAGAGAAAUAACUAAGGUUUGUAAUGUAUUGGAGAAACUGGUGGAUCAACUGAUUAACCUUUUUCAAGAACUGUAUUUCACUCCACGAGUAGCAGAGUAUGAUAAAAAGGCAGUGGUCUCACGUCUAAUGAGACUCUCCAGUAAACUGAAGCUGGACUAUGGUGACUAUCUGGGACUGAAGGCAAGAAUUAACCUACCUUUCCCUGGAUUGGGAAUGGAGUAUCCAGGUAUGGUUCACUUUGCCUUUGUGGAUCGAUCAUUUGACGAGUUGACAUCACCAACAAUCAUUGAUGAUUCUGUAACGGCUUAUGUGAUAGAUCGAGCAGCUGAGAAAGAGCAAUCACCAGGAGACUUCCUUCGAUCAAAGAUGUGGAUGAUGGUUCGAAAGGCUCAGAGUUACGUAUCUAAUGGCUACUCAUCUCAAACUUGGCUGGACAACGACUUCCUCUACACUUACUGCAUGUGGUUCAGUACACCUAAUCCUAACCUAGGGGUCCCGUUGAAGAUGCUCACUCCUAUAAAUAUAAAAGCUCAUCCUGAUGAACCACCUGGUGUGCUCUGUGGAUCAUUUUAUAGGAACAUUAAAGGUGGGACUGAUGGGACCACCCCUGGUUAUAUUAAUGAGAUAUAUUGUAUCCAUGAGCCGAGAAUAACCCUGGAUGAAGCAACAAGGCAGUGCAGGGAGUUGGCCAUCUCACUUUGGAUGGACACCAAACAAUCACUGGCUCCUUUCCCUCUUAUUAAUUAGAAUUAUUAUCUUUAAAAUGGCUAGAUUUUAAUAUUAGUCAUU